GUCCCUGACUUGAAACAUCAGCAAGAUCAGUCGCCAUUAUUCUUAUCUCGGGUGUGAUUAGUUAUGAAGCAAUGUGUAAUGUGUCAGAUAUUUAAUUUGGGUUAAAUAUUACUUUCUAUCAAUUUUUAAUUACUAUUCUGUUUAGUACUAAGUGUUUAUAAUGAAUCGUGGUGAUGGACUUAUCCAGAGGCGGAAUGUAAACCGCGAAAACUCUGGUGUUACAAGAGAAAGUCAAGAUUCAGAAGACAAAAAAACAGAUAGAGAAGAUGAUCCCGAGGAUGGAGAUUCUAAAGAAACGAGGUUAACGCUAAUGGAAGAAGUUCUUCUCUUAGGAUUGAAAGAUAAAGAGGGCUACACAUCAUUCUGGAACGAUUCGAUUUCGUCAGGCCUUCGCGGCUGCAUCCUUAUCGAACUGGGCUUGCGCGGUCGCAUCGAGCUGGAGAAGGCGGGCAUGCGCCGUAAGGGACUUCUCAGUCGCAAGGUGCUCGUCAAGAGUGAGACGCCGACAGGGGAUGUACUGUUGGACGAGGCACUGAAGCACAUGCGAGACACUGAUCCGCCUGAAACCGUGCAGAGUUGGAUCGAGUAUCUCAGUGGUGAAACGUGGAACCCUCUAAAACUAAGAUACCAACUGAAAAACGUGAGAGAAAGGCUAGCUAAAAAUCUGGUGGAAAAGGGUGUACUGACCACAGAAAAACAGAAUUUCCUACUUUUCGACAUGACGACGCAUCCACUCACAGACAACGUUGCCAAAUCGAGAUUAGUCAAAAAGGUGCAAGACGCUGUUUUGGGCAAAUGGGUGAACGACGCCCAGCGCAUGGACAAGCGUCUGCUGUCUCUGUUGCUGUUGGCGCAUGCGUCUGACGUUCUGGAGAACGCGUUUGCGCCGCUCAAUGACGACGACUACGAAUUGGCCAUGAAGCGGGUGCGCGAACUGGUCGACCUCGACUUGGAGGCCGAGUGCAUCAAGGCCACCGCCAGUCCACACGACAUUGUCUGGGCUGUCUAUGCUGCCUCUAUCAAAUAAUCAAAGGACUAAAACUGUGAUGUAAAGAAAUUAUUAUAACUGACAUUAAAGUGAAAGAGUGCAUUAUGCCGGUGAUGAGAAGCAAUCAUGUUGCAACGAUUAAAUAAAUCAUUAUUUGUACAGUCAAGUCCCUAAUUUCAAAUCAACAUUUGAUCGGCGUUAAGUUGACUGGCAGUGAAAUGCCCGGUUGCACGUACGUCCAUCAAAUUUAACCGCCGUUGGAUGAUGUCAUUGCAUUGUCAGGUUGGCUCUCCUGGCAUUCCGUUAGUUGACAUCAAUUAUUAACGGCGGUUAAAUUUGAUGGGCGUACGUGCAACUGGGUCCUUGUGAUGAUCAUAGGCAGCUUCCUGAGGCUAUCUGCAGUAUAUUAUUAAAUAUAUUAUUUGGUGAAAAAUGAAAUUUUCAUUAUAUUCAGUUUGUUACUUCUCUCCCCGCUGUUGAACAUAUCGUAAUAAUUGGGAACUUGAAUAAAUUUCACUCGUUUUUACAAGUUUUUCUUGAUUUUCCUGAAAUGAGACUCACUUUGUGCUUGUCAGUAUUAGUUGAAUGAGAAACAUCGAUGCUUUACAUAUGAAAUGCUGACAGUUAAAAGUGAUUAUCAUGGCAAGGAGCACAAUGUCUUGAAGAUUUGUUAGAGCACAAUCUAUUUUUAUACUGGAUGUUAAACUCGAAUUUUGAAGAAUAGAGUGAUAAACUGUUCAUAAUUUUUAUUUGUGCUUUCAUUAUAAUAAUUAAUAAUUGUGUUAUCAUUCAACUGAAGUAAAAUCGAACUUAAUGUAUUGAUUUAAAAUAUGAUUCGAUCGAUCUAUGAAUUGAAAACUGACUUUCAAAAUUUUUCAAGUGCGAGGUUAUUAUCUGAAAGCAUCACGUUUUUUGAACGUUGUGAAUUUUUUAAUUAGGUUAAUAACUUGGAGCUCUAAAUUCAGGUGAAUAUAACUCAUUUGACCUAUAAUUGUCAAUAAUAUUUUCCCUGUCUCCAAUUUAUUAUAGUAUUGUUGAAUUAAUUGUAGUAUUUGAGAAUUCGAAUGAAUUGUAACUGUUAUUUGAAUUUUGUUUAAAUCAAUUGUAAUUUGAUUGAACUAUUAUAGUAAUACUGCUUCUUUUAUAUUUGUUGUAAGAUAUGGAAAAUAGUUUACUAAAAAUUGAUUGUUUUAUUCGUUGAAUGCAAAGAUUUGCCUUGUGGGGAAAUUAUUGUUUGAAUUUUAAUUAGUAGGGUUUUAACUUUUGACUCUCAUCUCCCAUCAAUAUAUUUCAAGCUGAACUUGAAAUUGAAAAUGCAUUAUUGGUCACAGUCGUAGUAUUAUUAAUAUUUCAUCUGUUUAUAAACAGUUUCUUCAAUAACAAUCCUAUUUAUGCAAUGUUAAAUUAAUUAGCAUUUUUGGGUUAUUGAUUGGAAACUUCCAUGUUUUGAUAGUAAUUUUUAUCACAAGAUAAAACUAUGAUUAUCAUUUUUACGAACAGAAAAAAUCUAUAUGAUAAUUUCUUCUUUCAAGUCACUCCAUGUAUGCAGUUCAGUAAUAAAACUGUAUUGUUACAGUCUAUUUUC